GCCAGCGUACAUUUUUCGGGCUAAUCAGAUUGCUCUAUAUAUACUCCUAAUAUCGGUGGCCAACUUGACCGCCAUCUUCACUAUCCCAUUGUGUUUCUCUGCUUCAAUCGUUACCAUCUAUAAUUCCAGCUAAAGCUAGUUAUCAUAUAAUAUCUAUCAGGGCGUGAUGCACGGACACGAAAGCCAAGCACAUUUUCUUUCAGGAAAAAAGAUCAUUGUGGCUGGUGCUGGAGUUUCCGGUCUUGCAUUCGUCAUCGCCCUUCAGAAACUGUGGCCACCAUCUGUCGAGCCCCCAGUCGUUAUUGUCUAUGACCGUGAUGCUGAACAGCCAACUGCGGGCCGAGGAGGCUACUCACUCUCCUUAAAUGGGCUUGACCGCGAUAGUGGGCUGUAUGCUUUGAAACAGCUUGGUCUGCUCGAUGAGAUCAUCCAGCUAGCAGUCUUCCGUGUAGAAGACCAGGGUGAAGGGAAAGGGCACUUCACAAUGUGGACGCACGACUUUCAGCCGAUGAUCACCGUGCGACCCAAGGUGAUUGAGGGUCUGCCGACAUCUGGUAUGCGCAUAGCUCGGAAAGAUCUGCGCCGUGUACUUGUCGAAGCAGCGUCUGCGAGGACCAAGAUUCAAUGGGGUACCACAUGCACUUCCGUUCAAAAUUCUGAUGACGGACGACUGCGAAUCCAGCUAGUAAAAGAAGGGUCGACCGAGACGGCUGAGGAGUGCGAUAUUCUUGUGGCUGCGGAUGGGGCUUCUAGCAAGGUUAGAGCCUGCCUACGACCAGACGACAACCUGGAAUUCGCUGGAGCAGUGCAAUUCGCAGGGAGCGCCAAAUUUGAAGGCUCACUGCCCUCUCCGCUCGAUACGAACUGGGGUGGCGUUCUCACGGGCACAGGCGCCGCUUGCUUCUUCUCACGUGUAGAUCAGUACACACUUGUGUGGGCGCUGAGCAUUCUCGAAUCGGCACCGAGACCGAGGUACGAUAAUAGUGAUGCGGAACAGGUUCAAGAGUUCUUUCGCCAGGCGAGAGAGCUGGGAAAGGACAUAAGGGAGCCAUUCAAGACCAUCGUUGAUGCAACCGACCCGUCGACGACACUGGUAUUAAAUGCAAGGGACAAACAGCCAUUUCCUCACAACUUGAAAGCAGGCUCAGUGGUUUUCAUUGGUGAUUCAAAUCACGCCGUGAGCCCAUUUGCCGGGAAUGGUGCCAACUUGGCACUGAAAGAUGGAUGGGACUUGGCUGAGCAACUCUGCCAGUCCGAUAACCUGACCCAAGCUGUAAUGGCGUACGACAAGCGAAGCCUCCCUCGAGCGAUUUCAACACUCAAAAGCUCUCACUGGCGCAUUAAAGUAGGACAUGCGACAGGACUGGGCUACUGGAUGUAUCGCCUCUUUUUCACCCUGGCUGGGACCAUGAUGAAGCUGUUUGGUCAGUAGCAAAUCCCUGCAUCAACAGGUGUGAGGAAUCAACCUAGAAUUGGGGUAGUAUAAUAGGGGCCUGCAUGGGUCGCCGGCUUGCCACAUUCUCAGUGA